AUGUGGAAACAAGUGAAGGCUCUGGUUGAGCCCCUGGAGCGUGUUAUGACCUUAGGGGUUAAAGGAUCAAAGGCUAAUGCUACGGGUGGGACUUCCAUUUUUGCUAAGCAACAAGUCUCUGAAAUACAAAAGCAGUUUUCAAACGUGAACAUUUACAACAACUCGGUUAAAACACAAGAAGUUCGCCUUCGCGAUUUUAUUUUUGAGAAUUUCGCUAUUUUCAAAUCUUUCAUACCGCUCCCGGAACCCGUACCGAUAACUUUUUCACGAACUCCACUUAGAAUAUGUAAGCCACAGAGAAUCGGUUUGACAUCAAACUACGCAUUUUCACAGUCAGUCGGAACAAGAAAUAUGUUUUGCAAUAGUGGAGCGAGAAAUUUCUCAUCGGCUCAAACUGCAGUUUUUAACAACAGUUUUAAUAACGGUGGUGUUGUUCUUGCGAAGUUAGGGUUUAAACCAUUUUCGGCGCUUGCAACUAAGACUGGAGCUUUGUGGACUCCUUCACCUGACAAUCUUGGUAAAAACGUCAACCCUUCUGAAUUUGUAGGUCUUAAAAUAGACGUAGGACGUAAAUUAUUCCAAAGCAAAGGGAUCUUCGAUGCCGUACAAAAACAGGAAUCUGAUGAACAUAAACAUAAUAAACCUCUGAUCGUUCGUAGGACAAAUAUCAAAAAAUCUUCGCGUAAAAAUAAGACUGUUGCCAAAACCAUGGAAACCACUGAGAACAGCAGCGAUGUUCAAGUGUACAUGUCAUUCAUACUUAGCCCUCCCCUUUUCUGGGAAAAUUCAAUUUCUAUGGAAAGUAGUUUUAGCAGUAUCAAUUCCUUUGCCGGCGUGGUCUCCCACUUGAUGCGUAACGUGAGUAUGCACCAGAUGGACAGGCUGGACCCAUUAUUUAUUGAGAAUUUACAAGAACACGCAGAGAUUCAGUAUAAUCACAUGAUGGAAGUAAUUUCAAUUCUGAAAAUUCUUCAAACGCAUGGAGGUUAUGAGAUUAAAGUUUUUGAUUGCGAGUUGCGGGUGAUUUUUCCGCGUGGGAUGACGGUGGUUGAAGUCGAAGAUCUGUUGCAGAGUUCAGGAAUUGAUCUGGAAAGUCCUCACUUCGAACUGGAAGUAUUUCAUUUUGGCGGGGACAUCACCUUAUCUCCGCCUAGCGAUGAAAUUGACGUGCAUCAGGACUUUCAAUUUCCAGAUCCGGGUGAUUCUUUUUUAUACUUGAGAGAUUCACAUCCGUCGAUUAGUCCUGCGUCACCCUUGCACAUUCCUAGUACCGGAACAAUGUCAUACAUCAGUGCACCUCCGUCACCCUGUAUGUCUAUUCAACAGUCACCGAGGCAUGGGCAAGAAUAUUUUAGUGGCAUCGAAGAAUUCUUAACUCACGUGGAUGAUUUCUCUGACAAGAGUGCAGCUUUCGGCGCGAGAAGAGGAAGUUCGGAAAUUAGCGACUCGGAUAUUGGGGAAGGCUAUUUUGAGGUUUAA